UCUCUGAGACUAUUUUAUCUGAUUCGAAUCUCCCCUGUCAACUCUCCAACCAUAAAUCUCUGAUAACUAGGAAGAAAAAGAAGAAGCAGAAUUUCAGUGUUAGGGUUAGGGUUAGGGUUAGAGUCGGGUUCGAUUCUAAACAUCAUCGGCUACUGAAGACGUGAAGCAAGAAUCGAGAGGGAGAAGGAAAGAUGAUAGAGAUGAUAUUGAACCGUAGACUGGGGAAGAAUGUCCGAGUGAAAUGCAACGAGGACGACAUCGUCGGUGACCUCAAGAAGUUGGUUGCUGCACAGACAGGAACCCGACCCGAAAAGAUCCGGCUUCAGAAAUGGUACACCAUUUACGAAAACCAUAUCACCCUCAAGGAUUAUGAGAUCAACAAUGAAAUGGGCCUCGAGCUCUGUUGCAACUAAAUCCUCUUGUUACGCGUUAGUUUGUUCACUGAUCG